AUGCUCAAUUGUUCAUCGCCGAUAAUGGGUUCCGGAAGUAGUAAAGCGAGGGCUUGGACUAGGGGUGUCAGUUUGAUUGAUGCUAUAAAGGAAAAACUUGAGAAGACUAUAUCAGAGUUUAAUAUAUUUGAAAAAACAGAAAAAGAUAUCGAUAAUUGUUUAAAAGAGAUAGAUUUGCUCAGCAACGAAAUAGAUAAGUUAUACAUAUUUGGUUCAGAUCAAGAAGAAGCAGAAAGGAAUUGCCAAACAUUAGUGAAAAAGACAGAAGGACUUUCCUCUCAUAUUAAGAAUCUUAUUGCAAAUACAAAAGAUUAUUAUCUGAAGUCUCAAGAAAUACUUCCUAGUGAUUUGCAAAAAGCUUUGACUGACUUAGAAUUAAACAUGGAACGAUUAGUGCAAUCGAUGGAUGACAAAGAAAGGCAGCAAAAGCGGGCAAGAACAGUCCGUUCAGAAUAUUCAAAUGACCUCGAUAUUCUCACUAACUGGAUCCAGAAAGCUGAAAUUAAAGUCCGUGAUAAAACAAGUCAGCCCCAGGUUUUGAAGCAGUCAUUACAGGAAAUACAAUCAGAGCUUCCUUCAAUGUCAGAGAGAUUGGAUAAAUUAAUAUUGAAUGCAAAUACUAUUUGUGAAAAUUGUCAGGAUGCGGAUGAGGUAGCCCUUAUCAGGGGGAACAUUAAUACACUGAGCGAGCAACUCAAUACAAUAAAAAGUUGGCUUGAUGAGAAAAAGCAACUGAAUGCCCUGCUUCAUGAAACUAGUGAAGAAUGGGAACAGUGUGAAAAGAAACUGCGAGAAGUAAGAUCUUGGUAUGAAAAAACUAAAGGAGCUUUAGAUGCUGGUGCAGGGAAGAAAAAACCAUUGAGAGACCAAUUAGCUGCCAAAGAAAAAAUAAUGGCUGACGUUUCAGUGCAGAAGACUAAAAUAUCUGUAUCGGUCGAAAAACUUCAGGUACAUUUUAAAUGUGGAUUACAAGGUGGUGAAUCUGUUGUUGAAGCUGCUGAAAAACUGAAACAUGAACUUGAAUCACUUCAUGGUAUUGUGAAACAGCAAAGUGUUGAGCUUGAAGCAGCCAUUGACCAAGUUGAGCAAUACCAACAGGAAUUAUUGUACCUGAAACAAGAAGUAAUUACGUCUGAGCAAAAGUUGCGCACCAUUUCUUCUCCUGCCUAUCUGCCUCAUGAUAGAGAAACUGCUGCACGAGAACAAAAUGCCCUGAAGAACUCCAUCCUUGAGACCCGUGACAAGAUUCGUGAACUCAUGGUUCUAUUACAAAAACGUGAUCCGUUUGGCACUAAAAAAACAGAGCUAGGGUUCAUGAGCAAGCUUGAAACUAUUAAAUUAAUUACCGAUUCUUGUUCUUAUGCGGAUAUAGCUGCUGGAAGAGCAACAAGCCCUGCCCGUUUCGAUGGAUCUCCCGUCUCAAAAACAAAAAUUCAAACAAACGACUCUUCAGACAUUUCGUACACUAGUGAAACCACAGAAAUAUUAAAAAGUAAUUACUCUGAAAGUCCGUUGACAACACCAGCGCCUCAGAUUGUUACCGAUAAGGACACCUCUGUUCCCCGUAGACUCAGCCGAUUAGAUCAAUUCCAAUUGCAUAUUAAGCAGCCGCCUGCCAUUGUUGUGAAUGACGAGAAAACUGACGAACCAAAUGAAAAAUAUUCUCUUUCAAGUCAAGAUAAAGAAACACUUCCUUUGGAAUCAAUGAAAGAGAAGCUGCUGAUUUCUGAAACAAGUGAAGGUAGAUCUCAGAGUCCUGCAAAGAUUGAUAACAGACAAGUUACCGAAAUAUUUUUAUCAAAUGAAAGCAAGAUAAGUAGAUCAAAAAGUCCAACAGAUGGAAAAUGUGCAAAACAAGGAUUUUCUCAUACCAAAUUGCCUAGCAAUGAUUCUGUACAGGCAUCAUUUUAUAUAAGCAAAUUUAACAAAUUAAAUAGGGGCACAAGAUCUCAGGGCUCUAGUGUAUCUAGAGAUGAUCGUCAAAAGCUCAGUUUGUUGACAAUCGAAUCUACCAGGUGUCGGUCUAAAAGCCCUGUAUGGAUUCCAGGGGAAAGUGCUUCGUAUUCUGAUAUUGUCAAAGGAAAUUCACGUAGCAGUUCUCGUAUUCCUUCGCUAGAAGAUCUUACUCUCACUGGUUCAAGCAGCUUUGAAUCAGGCUUCGAUACGACUACGAAAAAUGAAAAAAGCGACUCGAAAAACAAUAUUAAACUUGAAAAUGAAAUGAAGAAGCUGUUGGUUGAUGAUAAUAAACAAGAAGUUUCAGAUGGUUACUUCAUCAAGGUAUCAUCUGUUCAUGGAAAACAUAGUUCGAUUGAUGAUAUUAUUAAAGAAUGUACUUUAGAUGACAUAGAUCGAUCAAACACCAUCAGUAAUCCUUCUGAUUUAGGAUCUUUUAGAAAAGAAAAAAUUAUAAAAAUUACAAAAAAAAUAUUAAAAGAACCUGUAAGCAUUAGUAAUGAAGAAAAUAAAAUGGAAAAUCUUCCCUCAAAUAUCUCUAAUCAGAUAGAAUUUAAACAAGAAGACAAAUCUUAUCUUGAAGGUCCUUCUGGACCAGCUACUUUAUUUGAUAUUGGUAGAAAAAUUGAGAGUAGAGUUGAAAGAAACUUAGAAGCACCUCUAUCUUUACCUGUUUUCAUAUUGAAUGAGCAGCAAACCAACGCUUCAGAGGAAGAGGCCCUAUUACAAGUUUCUCCACCAAAUGAAAAAUCUUAUAAAUCGGUUGAAAUAACUAAUUCAACUGAAAGAUCGCUCAGUCCAAGUAGACUAAUUGUUGGAAGGGAAAAAGCUAACUUGAGUCUAUUAACUGUAGAAUCUAAAAGAAGUAGAUCCAAGAGUCCAAUUUGGAUUCCGGGCGAAACUGCUUCUUAUUCUGACAUUGUUAAAGGAAAUUCUCGUAAUAGUUCCAGGGUACCAUCAUUAGAAGACCUUACCUCCACUGAUGAAACUGAAUUAAAACUCAAAAAUGUCACAAGUUCUGCUCUGAACUAUUCUCAAAAAAGAAAUAGAAAAAAAACUAAUACUUAUGGCCUUUCUUUGAAAGAUUAUUCUUCAACUUCUGAAGAAUUCAAAUCAGUAGAAAACAUUAAUAAGAAAAAUAUUAAUGAAUUAUCUAUACAAAAUAAAGAAUCACCCCUUGGUGAGCAAAUUCUCGAUAAAAAAGAAAAUGAGACAAUAGCUGAAGUACUUACUAUAGAAAAAUCUAAAGAACCAAAAACAGAAAAUAUUUCUUCAGCUACCACAGAAAAUUUAGAUUCUUUUCAAACAUCCAAUGAUGAAACCAAUCUAAAAAAGAACAAAAAAAAUAAGAAAAAGCUUAUUUCUAGCUCUUCGGGAACAACCAUAGUUCAGGACAAAAAUGAUGAAGUACUGUCUUCGGCUAUAGUAGACUCUGCUCCUUUUGAUGAUAGUGACAAAACUGGCAAUUCCAAAUUAAUGGAAUUGUCAAAAAGUGCUGAAAUUUGUAUACAAACUGAUAAGAAAAAGAAAUCGAAAAAACAAAAGCAAAACAUUUCAGCUGAUAGUAUAGAAUCGUCACCAAAAUACAUUUCUAGUAAAGAUGAGACAAAUGUUGCAGUAGUUGAUGAAAAAACCGAAAUAGAAGAAACACCGGCAUUUAUUACUACUUGUUCUGUUCACAGCUUUGAAACAUUAGGAACAGAUCCUAACAACGUUGAAUACCAUAAAGAUCAGAGCAGUGGAACAAUAGUAAAAAGUGAAAGAAAAAAGAAAACAAAGAAAAAUAAGCAACCUGAGGUUUUAUCUGAAAAUUUAUCAGUUUCUAAAGAAGGUUCUGUCGAAAAAGAGGAAGCAGAAGUCAAACCUCAUCAAAGAGUGGAAACUGAACUUGUUAAAGAAAAACAGUCACGCAUUCCAACUCGUUCUGUCCCAAGCUUUGAAAAAUCAGAAAUAGAUAGUGAUACGGUUAAUCUUCAGCAACAUGCUGACACAGUUCAGGGUAGGGUAACUAAUGAAACUACCAUUAAAGUUGAAAAGAAAAAGAAAUCAAAGAAACCUAAGCUACCUGAAGUUUCGGAUAACAAUGAAGUAGUACCCAGAAAAGAAGAUUCUGAAAUAAAACAAGAAAUAGACAUCAUCCCUAGCAACAAUGUGGUCGAAGCACAAAUCAAUGAAAAAACUCUUGGAGAAGAUACACCAUCUGAUGGUCAAACUUGUUCUACCAAAACCUUUGGAAAAUUAGAAAUAGAUACAGUUGAUGCUAACCUUCCUGAAGUUCUAAAUACUGCCGAGAGUAGUGGAACCCCUUUAACCAAAGUAAAAGGUAAUAAAAAAAAUAAAUCAAAGAAAGCUAAGCUACCCGAGGUUUCAGAUAACAAUGAAGUAGUAUCUAGAAAAGAAGAUUCUGCAAAACUAGAAACAGAAGUCAGUUCUGCCGAAAAGAUGGAAGUAGCACUUGAUAUGAAAGAGGCUGUACCUGAUGAAAACUUGGAAACUAAAUUCGAUCAAGUAAUUCCUGUAAAAGAAACACCAUCAGUUGAUCAAACUUGUUCUACUACCAAACACGAAAAAUCAGAAAUAGCCACACAAGCUACUAACCUCAUGGAAAUUCCUGAUUCAACUCAGAGUAGUAAAUCCAUCGGAAUUAUGGAUAAAAGUGAAAGAAAAAAGAAAUCAAAGAAACCCAAGCCGUCUGGAGUUUCUGAGAAAACUAAAGAAAUAUCUGAGAAAGAACAUUCUGAUGUAAAACCUGAUAUGAAAUUCAUCUCUGCGGAAGUAAAAGUUGAUGAAAGAACAGAACCUGACAAUGUUGACAUUCAGGAAAUACCUGUUAUGAUUCAAGAUACUAAUGAUUCUUUAAAUCCAAAGGACAAUAAGAAAAAGAAAUCAAAGAAACUGAAGUGGCCAAAAGCUGCUCCUGAUAAUAAGGCAGUUUCUGAAGAAUAUUCUCAAAAAUCAAAAACAGAAGUCAGUCCUGCUGAAAAAAUAGAAACUAAUGUUGAUCUAGAAAUUUCAAUAGAAGAAACGCCUUCAGUUGAUGAAACUAGUUCUGACACAAACCUCAAAAAAUCAGAAAAUGUCACACCAGUUGCUAGCUUUGUGGAAAUUCUCGAUACCCUUCAGGAUAACCAAAACAUUGAAGUUAAAGAUAAAAAUGGGAGGAAAAAUAAAUCAAAGAAACCCAAGCCAUCUGGAGUUGCUGAGGAAACUAAAGAAAUAUCUGGGAAAGAAGAUUCUGAUGUAAAACCUGACAAUGUUGACACUCAGGAAAUACCUGUUACAAUUCAGGAUACAGAUGGUUCUUCAGAUGUAAAAGAUGAUAAGAAAAAGAAAUCAAAGAAACUCAAGUUGCCAAAACUUACUCCUGAUAACGAAGCAGUUUCUGAAGAAUAUUCUCCUGUAAAAUCAGAAACAGAGAUGAAUUCCGCUGAAAAAAUAGAAGUAGAAGUUGAUAUUAAAGAAUUUGUAAAAGAGAAUAUACCUGAUGAGAAUGUGGAAACUAAUGUCGAUCUAGAAAUUUCUGUAAAAGAAGCCUCACCAGUUGAUGAAACGAGUUCUAACACAAACCUCGAAAAAUCAGAAAAUGACACACAAGUUGUUAGCUUUGUGGAAAUUCUCGAUACCCCUCAGGAUAGCAAAAACAUUGAAGUUAAGGAUAGAAGUGGAAGGAAAAAGAAAUCAAAGAAACCCAAGCCAUCUGAAGUUUCUGAGGACACUAAAGAAAUAUUUGGGAAAGAAUAUUCAGCUAUAAAAUCUGAUUUAAAAUUUAUCUCUGCUGAAGCAAAAGUUGAUGAAAAAACAAAACCUGACAAUGUAGACACUCAGGAAAUACCUGUUAAAAUUCAAAAUACUGAUGGUUCUUUUAAUAUAAAAGAUGAUAAGAAAAAGAAAUCAAAGAAACUCAAGUUGCCAAAAGCUGCACCUGUUAAUAAGGCAGUUUCUGAAGAAUACUCUCUUGUAAAAUCAGAAACAGAGAUCAGUUCCACUGAAAAAAUAGAAGAAGAAUUUGAUGUUAAAGAAGCUGUAAAAGAGACUAUACCUGAUGAAAAUGUAGAAAUUAAAGUUGAUGUAGAUAUUUCAAUAAAAGAAACACAUUCAGUUGAUGAAACUAGUUCUAACACAAACCUUGAAAAACUAGAAAAUGCCACACCAGUUGCUAACUUUGUGGAAAUUCUUGAUACCCCUCAGGAUAGCAACAACAUUGAAGUUAAGGAGAGAAGUGGAAGGAAAAAGAAAUCAAAGAAACCCAAGCCAACUGGAGUUGCUGAGGAAACUAAAGAAAUAUCUGGGAAAGAAGAUCCUGACGUAAAACCUGAUAUAAAAUUAAUCUCUGCAGAAGCAAAAAUUGAUGAAGGAACAGAACCUGAUAGUGUUGACAUUCAGGAUAAAUCUGUUACGAUUCAAAAUACAGAUGAUUCUUUAGACUCAAGGGACGAUAAGAAAAAUAAAUCAAAGAAACACAAGUUGACAAAAGCUACUCCUGACAGCAAGGUAUUUUCUGAAGAAUAUUCUUCUCCAAAUUUAGAAGCACAGGUCAGUUCCACUGAAAAAAUAGAAGUGGAAGUUGAUACCAAAGAAACUGUAAAAGAGGUAGCAGCUAUACCUGGUGAAAAUGUAGAAAUUGAGUUUGAAGUAGUAACACAUUAUCCAACUGGUUCUGUAAAUUCCGAAAAGAUAGAAGAUCAAGGUAGUGUUAACGUUCAGGAAAUUAUUGAUGAUACAAUUCAGAAUAUUGAAACUAUCAGAGCUCCUGUAAAAAGUGAAAGGAAAAAGAAAUCUAAGAAACAAAAACCCAAGGUCAUAUCUGAAAGUUCUGGACUAAUUCAAAAAGGUUAUUCUAUUAUCAAAGAAAGUACAGAAAUCAAACCUGAUGAUAUUGCUGUUAAAGGUGUGAAUGAAUCAGAAGUUAAUACUGAUCAUAUUAAAGUUUACAGUAAAGAAUCUGACAAUGAAGAGACUUGGGAAAUAACUGAGAAAAUUGGAACUACUGAUAUUGGUGAUGGCAAAUAUUCUUUUGAGAACUAUGAGGUUGAUUCAAAUACUAUUAUUAAAUUGGAACAUAUAAAUGAAUUUGAAACACAGAAGUUUGAAGAACACAACAUUGAGGCUGAUAACACUAAAUCUGUUUUUGAAGAAGACAGUGAUAAUAAAAUUAUUGAACAAAAUAUUCCAACUUUGGAUAAGCCAUCUGUAGAAUGUUCUGAGACUUCAACAAAAGGUAAAAAGAAGAAAGCUAAGAAACUAACACUUGCUGAGGUUUCACCAGAUAGUACAAAAGUUCCUCUCCAAGCAGAUUAUGUCAUAAAAGAAGAAGCAGAUAUCAGGUCUGGUUAUGAUGUGGGAGCUAAAGGUGAUGAGGAAACAGUAAUAGAAGAAAUACCAUCAUUAGAUUCUGGUGCUUCAAUUAAAGUCUUCCAAGAAAUUCCUGAUACAGUGCAGAGUAGUGUAAGCAUCGAAACAACAGUAAAGAGCGAACGGAGAAACAAAUCAAAGAAACUUAAACUACCUACUGUUUCAUCUAGCAAUGUAGAUUCGUUUGAUAAACCUAAAACAGAGAUCACACAUGGGGAAAAUUUAGAAACAAACGUUGAAAAAACUGGAGUAGAUGAAGUAUUGUCACUAGAUCCCAUUGUUGACAAAUUAGAAAUAGACCGUGGUGUUAUCAACAUUCAAGAAAUGCCUGCUAUACCAAUCAGUUCAGAAAGUUUUGAUAAUAUCGUUAUAAAGUCAGAUACCACUCUUUCGGUUGGUAUAAAUGAUUUUGUACCGGAAAUAAGCAAAUCUCAUGUUGACAUUAAAGAAAAUGUUUCUGAUUUGGAAGAAAGUAUGAAUCUGAACCCCUGUUCAGAACUGACAGAAUAUGAAAUCACUUUUGAAACUAAGAACAUCGAAUCUAAUCUUGGUGGAUCACUAGAAGAAAACAUAACCCAAGGUAUGUUAGAAUUUAGUGGUAAAGGGAAAAAGAAGAAGAAGCCUAAAAUUAUUGAUGAAGAAUCAAAACAGAAACCAAAUUCAUUACAGGAAAGUUAUUCUGAAGUUGGUAGCUUACAAGAAAAAACCGAUAUUCAAUUCCCUUCAGGAAAGGAUAUUUCAAACAUUACAAGCACUACUGCUAGUAAUUUACUAUCAAACGAAGAUAAAGAUUUAGGAAAACACCAAGAAAAAAGCCUAUUAACAUCUUUUAAUAUAAAUUAUGGCAGUGCCAAUAAAGAGUCUUUUGAAAUUCCAUCCAAUAUUAUGUUUAAUACUGAAAAUAUUUCAAUGAGUAAUAGUGACCCAUCUGGUUUGAAUACCAGUGCAUAUUUUAGUAAUGUUGAUGAUUCAUCAACUAUAAGCGGUUAUGAUGUAAGCAAAAUGACUGGAGGUGAAGAACUGGAAUUUGGUAACGACACCAAAGAUGAUCUAGAGCCAUUAUUAAGAGAAAUACAUGCUGUUGUUGGAAAUUACUCAAACCCUGAUAAUUCAUUCCUUGGGUCUGAAACUGAAAAAAAUCUUGAUUCUCAACAAUUUAAGCCAAUAUUUUCGAGUAAAAAAUCUUUAUUUAGUGAAGGCACUAGCAAAGAUUUUAUAGAAACUAGGCCUGUUCUGAAAACAGAAGACGUGAUACAGGCUACUAGUAUUCUGAUAGGAAAGGAAAUGGAUUCUUUUAACGAAGUUGAUUUAUCCAAGGAGAAAGUAAUAGCUCUUGGAGACACAGUUCAUGGCUUAUACGAGUAUGAAAAUUCUGAUUUACCAACUGAAACUAAACUUAAAUCAGAAAUUGUACAUAAAGAAAAUGAAUGGUCCAUCUUACAAUCGUCAGAAGUUGAUAUAAAUAAAGUUCACUAUAAUAUCGGUCAUAUAGAACAAUCUGAGUUGUCAGAGCCUGUAAUAAACAAAGAAAUGAUUGGUGAAAAAUUAAUAACCGUUUCAAAUAAUAAUCAGUUUAUUGAAAAAAGCAGGAGUUUUAAAGAACCAAUAGAGAAGGAUACUAUUCAAGAAUCCAUAACUAUUACUGAUUUAAGUUCACGGGAUAUUCCUCAAGAUGAUAUAAGUUUUGGAACAGAAGCUGAGGCAGAAAAUAUAUCAAAUAAAUCUGAAAUAAUUGAAAAAGAGGAAAAAAUACAAAAGUAUUCUUCAACUGACAUCAAUCAGGGUGAAGAGGUUAUAGUCCAUGUUAACCAACCUAAAACAAUUCACUAUAGCGAAAGAACAGAAACACCUAUAAAAAGUGAAAGGAAAAAGAAAUCAAAGAAGAAUAAGCUACCUGAUGUUUUGUUUGAAACUGUAACAAUUACUAAAGAAGAUAGUGUUGUAAAACGAGAAACAGAUGUCAUGCUUGUCAAAAAAACUGGUGAAGAAACCAUAGUUGAGGAAACACUGCCUAAUAUAUCAACUAGUUCUAUUAAAAGUGUCAGAGAAAUAGAACCAGACAGUGCUGAUCAGCAAAAUCCUGAUUUGAUUCACAGCAGUGAAAUCAUUGAAACAACCUUAAAAAGUAAAAAGAAAAGGAAAUCAAGGAAACCUAAACUACCCUUGGGUUCGUCUGAAGAUUUAACUAUUUCUAAAGAAGAUCCUGUUGAAAAAAUAGAAUCAGGAGUGAUUCCUGCUGAAUAUGUGGAUGUAACAGUUAUCAAAGAAACUGUUGUGGAAGAAAAACCAUCAGAUUAUCCAGUUUGCUCUGUUAAAAGAUCUGAAAAAUUAGAAACAGCUCCAGACAACAUUCAAGAAAUCCCUGAUGCAAUCCUGAGUACUGAAACCGUUCCGGCUGUUGUAAAAAGUGGAAGAAAAAAUAAAUCAAAGCAGAAUAAGCUGCCUGAAGUUUUGUCUCAACAUUUAACUGUUUUUAAAGAAGAUUCCAUUGAAAAAACAAAACCAGGAGUAAUUCCUUGUGAACCUGUUGAUACAGAAGUUAUCAAAGAAACUGUAAUGGAAGAAGUAUCAUCAGAUUAUCCAGUUUCUUCUGUUCAAAGCUCUGAAAAAUCAGAAAAAGCUCCGGAGAGCAUUGAGGAAACCCCUGAUGUAAUUCAGAAUACAGAAACCAUUCAGACUAUUGUAAAAAGUGGAAAGAAAAAUAAAUCAAAGCAAAAUAAACUGCCUAAGGUUUUGUCUGAGAAUAAAAUAGUUUCCAAAGAAGAUUCUGUAGAUAAAUCAAAAACAGAGGUAGUGCCACAAGGAAAAAUGGAAACAAAAGAUAAGGUUAAAGAAACUUUUGAGGAAGAAGCAUUAUCAUUAUCAAACUAUCCUACUGGUUCUCUUAAAAGCUUGGAAAAAUCAGAAAUAGAGCCAAUCAAAGUUAAGUUUGAGGGUAUUUCUGGUACAAACCAAAGUAGAGAAAGUUCUCCUACCAUAUUAAAAGUUAAUAAGAAAAAUAAAUCAAAGAAACAUAAGAUUCCUGGAAUUUCUACUGACACUAUUACAGUUUCUGGAGAAGAUUCAGUUGAAAAGACCGAAACAGAUGUAAUACCUAGUAGUAUGGAGGCAAAAGAUGAUCUUAAAGAAACUGUUGAGGAAAAAACAUUACCUAUACCAAACUAUCCAAUUGAUUCUAUUAAAAGCUUUGAAAAAUCAGAAAUAGAUUCAUUUGAAGUUAAUCUUGAGGAUAUUAACACAAACGAAAAUAAGGAAACUUCUUCUGCCUCAUUAAAAGCUAAUAAGAAAAAGAAAUCAAAGAAACAUAAGAUUCCUAUAGUUUCUGCUGAUCCUUCAGCAGUUCCUGAAGAAGAUUAUAUUGAAAAAUUAGAAUAUGGAGUGGUAACCUCCAAAAAUGUGGAAGAAGGGCAUGCAGAUUAUCCACCUGAAAAUUCUGAAACUGAUCCAAACCAUGUUAUUUUCCAAGACAUCACUGGUACUAUUAAGAGCAGAGCAACAACAGAAAAAGUUAAAAAGAAAAAACAAUCAAAGAAACCUAAACAAUCUGAGAUUUCAUCUGACAAUGAAGGAGGAUCUGAAAAUGAAGAUUCCCAUGAAAAAACAGAAACAGCGGUAAGUUCUGAAAAUAUUGAAGUAGAAGUUGUCAAAGACACUGUUGAAGUAGAAGCAUUGUCAGAUUAUCCAUCUAGUUCUGCAUUAUGCGUAGAAGAGAUAGAAGAUCCUGGAAGUAUUAAUCUUCAAGAAAUUACUGAUUCAAUUCAAACUGAAAGCAUCAAACCUCCUGUCAAGAGCGAAAGGAAAAAGAAAGCUAAGAAACAAAAGCCCCAGAUUUCCUCAGAUAGCUCUGAAAUAAUUAAAAAAGAUAAUUCUGUCACAAAAGAAAAUAAAGAAAUCAUACCCGAUGAUAAUACUUUUAAGAGUAUGAUUGAAUCAGAAGUUAAUACUGAUCAUAUUAAAGUUUACAGUAAGGAAUCUGAUAAUGAAGAGACUUCAGAAAUAACAGAGAAUAUUGGAACUACUGAUAUAGGUGAAGCAACAUUUUAUAAUAAUGAGCAUAAAAUAUUGCCAGAUUCAGAAAUAGUUCAACCCUGUAAUGAAUGCAAUUAUGAUGCUGGUUCAAAUACCAUCAUUAGAUUGGAUAAUACAAAUGAAUUUGAAACACAGAAAUUUAAAGAACUUGAUAAUGUCAUCGAUAGUACUGGUAAAAAUAAUGAAGCAAGUAUUGAUGGUAAAAUGAUUGAACAAUAUGCUCCAACUUUGGAAAGGACAUCUGUUGAAAGUUCUGAGACUUCCAUAAAAGGAAAAAAGAAGAAAGCAAGGAAACAUAAAGUGGUGGUGGUUUCAAAUGAUGAUGUACCAACUCCUCACAAAGAAGAAGCUGAUAUCAGGAUUGGUUUAGAAUUGGAAACUAAAGCUGUUGAUGAAACAGUAGGUGAAGAAAAAUCACCAUUACAAUCUACUGGUUCUGUUAUAAGCAUUGGAAAAUCCAAAACAGAUCCUGAUAGUUCUAACAUUCAGGAAAUGUCUAGUUCAAUAAGUUUUGAUGAUACUUUUAAUAAAAUAAGCUCAGUUGAUUUAAGUGACUCACAUCCUGAACCAAGCAAUACUAUUGUCAACAUUAAAGAAGAUCUAGAUGUCCGUGAUAUGGAAGAAGGUAUGAACUUAAAUCCUUGUUCCGAACUGACGGAAUAUGAAGUCACUUUUGAAACUAAGGACUUUGAAUCCAACCGUGCUGUUUCAUUGCAAGAAAACAUUUCCCAAGAGAUAGAAGUAAGUGUUAAAGGAAAAAAGAAGAAAAAAUCAAAGAAGCCUAAAGUUAAUGAUGAAGCACCAAAGGUUAAUGACGAAGCACCAAAAAUUAAUGAUGAACCACCAAAACCAAUUUCAUUGCAGAAGACUUAUGCUGAAGUUAGUAGUUUAGAAUUUACUUCUGGGAAAUCUGAAGGAGAAGUUUGUGUUACAGAACAGAAGAAGUAUUCUGAAGGAAAUAAGAACUCUGGCAUUGAUGAAUCUUGUAAGAAUUUUGGUAUGAUAGAAAGUGAAACCAAAAGUGUCGAUAAGGUAGAUUCAAAUUUCUAUUACAAAGAUAAACCAAAAUCAAAUGAAAGUUCUUCUAUCAUUUUUGAUGUUGUUAAUAAACAUUCUAGUGUAAAAGAUGAUAAUAGUGUUACAACACCUCAGUCACCAGAAGAAAUUAAUUUAAAAUGUGUCAUAGAAGAUGGAUUGUCAAAUAUUAUAGAGAAAGAUAAAUUGUCUGAAGUAAAAGGAAAUGAUUUUAUCAAUUCUUCUUAUGAAACCUUAAGCCCGAGUAGUGAUGCCAUAAGUCACAAUAUUUCUUCUAGUUGCUUAGCACAGCCUGGCUUACUUUCUGAUGAUAUUGCACCGAGUGCAUCCGCUGACCCCUAUUUCUGCAAUAAAAUGGGGGCUCACGAAGUUGUUACAGUUCCUCCAUCCGCUGGCAUCUCUAAGAGCUCUCCUGAGCUCUCUAAUGUUAGUGAUGGUCAGCAAGUCAGUGCUGAAAAGGCAGAAAAUGUAGAGACAUCCCCUAACAAUUUAUCUAAACCAUUAGAUCCCGAAGAAUUCAUGAAUACCCUUCACAAAAGUCUAGAAAAGGACAAGAGUCAUUUGUUAUUCAAAGAGAGUUACGCUGAAGUUGUUAAACGGUCAAGGGAUCCAUCCCCAGCACCGUUCCAUAAGCAUGCCGCAGAUAAUUGCGAUCAACCAGUUGCUAGUGGUUCUUCUUUUAUUUAUUCACACUCAAAUGUAAUCCCAGAUAAACAAGAUGGUCAGACUACUGCUCAUGUAUUAGUAACUAAAUCUGAGGCAGAUUAUUGUCCACAAAUCGUAUUUGAACCGUUUUCAAGUUUAAAAACUGAAAAUGUUUCAGACUCAACGGCUGACACCGCACCUUCUAUAUUUGUAAAUGAAUAUAAUGUUGAACCAAAAAUAGCUGAAUCUUUCCCUAUUAGUUCUUUGCACAAUAUAAAUCUAACUGAUAAUAACACUGUUUUUACUUACGAUGAUUCAUCUCCAUCAGGUAAUGUUUUUAUAAAUCCUAGUCUUCAACCGUCCUCUGACUCUUUACCGCAUGAUGUUUCUCAAAUAAAAGAAUUAAACUUUAUUCGUAAAACAAACAUAGAUCCUUCUUACACUUUAGAAUCCAAAUUAUUUAAGCAAGAAUCAAAUUCGGACGUUAAAAGUCAUGACAUUGAUCCAUUCAAAGAGAAACUGUAUGAAAGCUUUCCAUCGACAUAUCGUGUCUUGGAAAGUUAUGCUGAAGUAACUAAGAGAUCUAGAGAGAGUUCGCCAGCAAAAGCUCUCAUGAACCCAGCCUGUAAAAGUGCAACCAAUCAAAUAGACCCUCCCAGUGAACCUUUCCCCGUGAUCGGCGGCACAUUGACACAAAAAGGAGAUCCUCAUAGCUGCCUCUCUUCGCCUGAAGAACUUCAAAGCGAUCUCCAGAAGGAAAGUAUGACAACUGAGGAUGUUAUUCCUGAAGAAGAAAUUGAGGUGGUUCAGGAAUCUGUAACACCGGAAAAAGAAGAAAUAAUGAAAACAAAUUAUAGCGAAAAGGAAACAAGCAUUAACAAUAUAGAUAAGGAAAUAAUGCCUGAAGAACCUUUAACAGAGAAUGGCAUGAAUACACAAGACAAAACUAUGGAGUUCUUAAAACAUGAGGUAGAAAUGAAUUUGGAACCAAAACUUGAAGAGAAUGUUGUAGAAAUCUUAAAACCACAAAUCCCUUCCAUUAGUGAACAGAUAUUGAAAACUCAAGAGAAAGAAUAUCCAGAUCCAAUUCCAACAGAACCAAAACCAAGCAGUCAAUCUCAUCCGGAAAAAAAAUUAACAAGCACUUUACCUACACCUUUAGCUUCAGUGGAGACCACUUCUUCUCAAGAAGAUUAUACAAUUGAGAAUGUUGAAGUUAAUAUCGGGAUUGGAUUUUCUCAGAGUGAUUCUCUUGAUGAAACUAACAAAACAGACGAUGUUGUUGCUGAAUUUGCCAUAUCAAGUGAUGACAAUCUAUCUCAUACUCAGGAUACUGAUUCAUUUGAAACAGAAAACGUUUCUGAUGUACAUAGUGAGGAUGUUGAAGUUUCUAAACCUCAGGAUCCUGAAAAGGUCGCAGUAAAAAUAGUUGAUUCUACUACAUCCAAAAAAUCAGGGAAAAAGAAGAAAUUGAAAAAAGAGACUCAUAUUGAUGUACCUUCACCUGAGAAAGAUUUAAAUGUGGUCGUUGAUACUGAUAAAAAAAUAAUCAUUAGCCCACCUGAAACGUUCCAAAGUGAAGAUGAUAAAAAUACCGUUAUAAUUGCAACAGAUGAUUCGUACAAAAUACCAACAGAACCUGAUAACAUAAUUGACUUAGUCCCAUCUGAACAAAUGAAAGAUCAGAUGAUAGCACAGACCUUUUCAACGGGUGGAAUAGUUGAAUCUUUUGAAUCUUAUUCUAAUGUAGAACAAGAAGGAACUUCUUCUCAUAUGCAUGCCACUAUUGUACAGCCAGUGAUUCAUCAGGUUCGUAGGUCUAGGAAAAUUAUUCGAAAAGUUGUUAUUAUCGAUGGAAAAGAGCAUGUGAGUGAAACAGUUAUUGAAGAACCUGAACAAAUUAUUUCAUCUACUUUGGAGCAGGAUCAGGUUCCGAUGUCUGAAGAGUUUUCUGGCAGCUUCAAAAGGCUCAGCUACAGUGAAGUCAAUACCAGCCGCCAGGUUGUUAUGCACAGUAGGAAAAGAAUUACAAAAACUGUUAAAAUGGUCAACGGAAAGGUUCUUGUUGAGGAAACUGAAACGACUCCUGAUGAAAUGGAAAUUGUCACAGUAGAAGAGCCAACAGUCAGCAUUGUCCAAUAUGAUGAACAAAAGGGAGAUUCAGAGGAGUUUAGAGAGAGACCAAUUAUCGUUGAAGUACCAGAAGAAACUACAGAAGAAAAACAUGUUCCGUUAUUAGUACAUGAUGAAGAAAAGAUAAUUCCUUCUGAAAAAGCUGCUGGUGACGAUCCUAAAGAAUCUCCAAAAACGAAUGUAAAUAUUGUUGAGGAAGAAACAAUAGAUGAUACAUCAGUCUCUGGAGAUUUACCCAUUACGGAGCCGCUAACAGUAGUUCAAGAAGAAGUUUCUCAUAUAACUAGCCCCAUUUUAACUAGUGAACAAGAUUCAAAUGUUGAUACUACUAAAAAUGCUAUUGGAAUAGUACAUAUUGAACAGAAAGAACCAAUGAUAUCUUCCACUAGUCAUAUAUCUUCUGAAAAAACAGAGAAGCCAAAAGAAAAAGUUGUCCCAAGUAAAUCUUUAUCCUUGGGGUCUGAAUCUAGUGACAGCUGCUAUGCAGAUAUUCAAGUUAAAGUAUCUGUUCCUGAAGAAAUCUCAUUAUCUGUCGGAAUUAAGAAGCCUAAGGGAAAAAAGAAGGCAAAGGACAUAAAGAAGAAAGCCAAAGAAAUGAAAAAUGACGACAAGCAUAUUUCUGAGCCCAGCCUUGAUACUCUUAAUAAUGCAGCAGUACAAGAUCAAAAGAAUGAACUUGGUGACAAUGGUAAUCAUCAUUUAGGUAGAAUGGCAGGUGACAGCAGAUCCAUGACAGCUCAGUUUUUAGAAUCCGAAAUGAUUAAUUAUGAUGCUCCUGAAAUUAUAAAACAAGAUCGUUCUGAACCUGGUAUAGAGAAAAUUGACAAACCAGACUUGUCUACUUCUAGUUCAUCAAUACCUCAUACUUCAGAAAUAAGCCCAAAUAAAGAUGAACUAAAUCAAAAGCAGGAGGAAACUAUACAAUCUGAAAAAAUAAUGGAGUCUACUGAACCUUUUGAAGAAGUAACUCCUUCAGUAUCUAAAAUAGACAUUCAAAAACCUAGAGUUGUGGAUAUUGAUAUCAAGACUAAUAAAAACGAGGGCUCAGGAAAAAUUAAAGUUGGUGAACAAAUAGUCACAACUGAACAAAACCCUGAUUCUGAACUGUUUUCAGAUAGGACAACUGAGCCAUCUGUGUUAAGCGAAAAUGAGAAACAACCUGAAUUAUUGAAUGUUUUCAGUUCUGAGAAAGAAAAGGCAAUACAGGAUAUCGAUCCUGCAAUCAUAAGUAUCUCUCCUGUAAUGAAGGAAGACGAUAAAAUUUCAAUCAAACCUGACUCCUCUGAUUUGCCUAGUGUGAAUGUCACAACAAAAGAUCCAGGGUUAACUACUGAAGAAACUUAUCUGAUUACACAGAUUGAAUCUAAGCCAGAAAAAAUUAUUAGAACUAAUGUAACUACAAUACAAUUACAGAAGCAGCCAUCAGAAAUUGAGCAUGCUCAGUUAACUAAAAAGCCUUUGGAAGAAACAAUAAAAGUAUCAACAACUCCAGCGUCUAAAAAAGGCAAGAAAUCCAAAAAAGGAUCGAAAACUGUUGAGAAAGCAGAACCAAAAAAAGAUAUUAGUGAAACAACCAGAGAUAUUUCUAUUGUAGAAGAUAAAAUUAGUAGUGAUAAUAUAAUUAUGGAGGAGGUAACUAAAGAUCAGUUGAAAUCACCCGAGAAAAUCUCUGAACUUACAUCGGAUCAUAGUGGCAAACCAUCAUCAACUGAAGUUGGUAGUAAAGGAAAACAAAAUAAGAAAAGAAAGGCCAAGAAAAAUGGAAGUGAUGUUAUUGGAGUGAAAUUAGAGAAGGAUGUCCCAUCCUCAUUACCUCAAGAAAAUUUAUCAAAGUCAGAAUCUCCUAUUUCGUCCUCAAAACUUCCUGUUACUCCUGCAGAGGGAGAUUCUAAAAUAUUGGAAUCUGAUAGAAAAGAUGGAUUUUCAGAUGACACUCAAGUCAGGUACGAAAUGAACAAAGAAAUUCCAAAUGAUGAUAUUGAUUUUACUGCUCCCCUUUCUUCUCAGAAAAUAAGUUCACUAGAAAUUAUCGAUCAAUCUGCAGGUACUUCAGACAAUAAUGCUGACCCUGUAAAGUUGCAAGAGAUCCCUUCAUCAAAUAAAGAAGCAGCUACUCAUGAAAGAUCUGCACUUAGUCCUAAGGAGACAAAUUACCAGUUGCAGGUCACUACAUUUGUGGAAACUGAACAAGGACGUCCUAUUGUCAAUGUCGUCAAAAGUUCUCUUAACGAUCUUUCUACUAGUUUGAUCUUCGAGGACAAUGUUGUCAAUGUUUCUGUUACCACCGAGGAUGAAAAAGUAAAUGCUAACAAAGAAAUUUCUGAGAGACCAAAAAUAGAUGUUUCGUUAACUUCAGAUUCUUCUAUCAUAUCUUCUGAUUUAAAUGACACAGUAAUUGAAAUGAAAUCCGAUGUACAGCCUGAAACAAAUGUCAAAACACCAAUAGAAAAUAUAGUUUGUGCAUCAAGUACUGAUUAUAAUCCUAACUUAAUUUCAGGUAACGAAGAUAUACCUAAAUUAAGUACAACCAUUUCGGAUGGUUCCUCUUACAUCUCACAUGAUCCACAACGUGUGGAAUUCAAAGAUGAGGAUGUCAGAGGCACUUGCUCUGUAGGCAAAGUAAGUAGUAAAACUCCGAUAUCAAGUGAUUCCUCACCAUCAGAUGCAACUUGCACCUAUGGGCCACGGGGAACAGUCAUUGAAAAUAUACCCGGUGAUCAUCCUGUAGGAGAUUUGAAAGAGAAAGAUGAAACCGUAGAAGCUAUUGAAAUCAGUAUUCAUGUGAAACCUGAUGAUGAAAAGUUAAUGUCAGUCAUGAAAAAAGUUAAACAACCAAAAUUAAAAGAAUCUGACUUUGUUACUAAUGAGAGAGACCAACUUGUUGAAGUAAAACCUAAUGUUCAUGCUGAAAUAUUUGAAGAGAAAAUUGAGUCUAUUGAAGAGGUUUCUGAGCUACCUGUUGUUUCAGAUUAUGACAUUAUUACAAAGGAAGAUUCUAAACCGUUUGAAACAGAUGUUUCAGAACCCUCUGAAUUAACAAUCAUCUCUGAUAAACAAAAAAGUGGAGUGAAACCUAUCAAAGGUGAUCAAAGUAAUAUUGACUUUAUUUCUAAAAUUAAUUAUGGUGAAGAGGGAAUUUCAUCAAAACAAGUCUCUGUACCACUUAAAUCAGAAUCUCAAAUACCGUACGAUAUGAUCAGUCUCUCUUAUAGUUUACAAGAUGUAGUGGUUGAAAGAAAACCUGAUACCACAAGCAAAGAAAUAGAGAAUGUUGAAGAUCUUACAAUAAAAACUUCUGAAACACCAAUACCUACAUACACGCCUUUAGAUUCUGAUAAUACUCAUGACUUUUUGGUAAAAGAAAUUGAUUCAAAAAGAAGUGGAGAUGCCAAAGAAUUGGAAGACACUGAUCAUUCUGAAUUUGUAAUUGUCGAUUUUCCUUCUACUUCUGACAAUCAAAAAGUAGUAACUUCGAAAGAAGCUCAAGAAAAUGAUGGAACAAUUACUUCUGAUAAGAUGGAACCAAAGUACAUUGAUUAUUCUGAAAAAACACUUGAAAAGGAUGAUGAAAUUAAAGAGGAAAAAGAUUCAAAUAAAGAAUCAGAACUGUAUUCUUCAAAAACACCUGACGGAGAAUGUUCUAAAUCAAGUAAAGAAAUCAGUGAUGAUCUUCUACAAACCAUCAAGGAAAGAAUUGUCAACGUGAAUACUCCCUCUUUUGUUGGACUUCUGUCUGAUUUAGACAACACUGUGCGAAGAAAAGAAAUGAACUAUAAUUUAGAUUUACUGAAAAAUACUAGUGAAGAAGAAAAAGAGUCGGUCAUAGUUACUACUAUUAUAUUGAUUUCAGAAUAUUUAGAAACCAUAACUUACAUCAUCAUCAAUUCAAAGAAAUAUGACCGAGAUGCUUCAAAUUUGGAUGAAAAAUUGCAGCAAGUGUCACUCCUGUUAAAUGAUCUUAAUAUGCUAAAAGACGGCAUCGCCUGUUUAAGAGCCAAUGGUGGCGAUAAAGAACUUCUCAACGCCCUUGAAUCACAGGCUGAUGGUGUCACAAAUAUUCUGGACUCCACUGGUGCAAAUGUCAAUUCUAAAGCGAUUGAAAGGGAAGAAAUAUUGAAAAAAUCUAAAGACAUUCUCAGCCUCAUCCAGAACUUGAGUGAAGACAUUGAAAAUUUGGAAAAAGAUCAGAGCAUUCCAGCAGAAAAGAAGUUGAAAAAACUGGACAAACUUGAAGUUUUAAAUGCUGAUUAUGAAACACAAGUAUCACUAUUGUUAAAGAAAUAUCCUACCCAGGGAGAUUUAAUCAAUGCUUCCCAACUUCUUUUCGCGAACGACGAGCUAUUGAGCGGAUUGAGGGUAUCGCUUGUUCAGUCUCAAGCAUUAGCUCAAGAGUAUCAGGAUACAUUAGUAGAACUGGAAAAUGUUUCGGAAGUUGCAAAAACUAUAGUUGCAUCAAGAGUUAUAGUUCCCAGUCUUCAAGAUCUUCAGAAUGAAAUGCAAAAGGAGCGGAAAUUCUUCAUUUCUUUGUCUCACUGUCGUUCUAUUUUGGAGUCAUUAGAAAGUUCCCUAGAUGAAGAAACAAGGACAGCUAAUGCAAAAAUACAUAGUAGGAUACAUAACAUAGCAAGUGAAGUACUGGAAUCAGCUGGUGAGAGAGCCGUAGCUUUAGCACUUGGAGCUUCACGAUGGACUUUAUUAGAGCAGGGCUUAGCGGAAGAGAGGGGGUGGCUUCGAGUUGCACAGGAAAGAGUUCCAAAUUUAUCUGGUGUAUCAACAUCUGAUUAUUAUCAGUAUUUAUCACUUUACCAGUCUCUCAUGAAUGAUAUUGAAUUACAUUCUGCAAAAGUAUGGAAGCUUCUUGAAACCGCACAUACCUUGCAAGGUUUGAUAUCUUGUGGUGGCUUAGAAGAAUCUUGUGAAGCCUUGCGAAGUAAUGUUGCAAAUCUAGAAGAGCAAGUCUCAGACAAUGUACGGAAACUAACAGAAUUUAAAGAUAUUUGGAUCGGAUAUGAAAAUAACUUCCAUAAACUUGACAGAUGGCUCGAUAUUGUUAUCAAGAAUUAUGUUCCUCCUCUAGAUAUUCAAUCAUUUUGGGAACUGAAAGCAGAACAUGAAGUUCAAAAAACAGCCUAUAGUGAUCUUUGUGCAAGGUUUGAUAAUGCCAUGAAAAUUUUACCAGUAACUGAUGAAUCUAAGCAGGCUGAUAAUCUGAAAGAAUUGAGUCAUAAAUGGGACAUUGUAAAUAACAGAUUGGAAGAAGUUGAAGUGGCAAUUCCUUCAGAUUUAAGUUCUGGCGAGAGAUUGGAAAUAAUAGAAGCAAGGCUCAAACAAAUGGAAGAUUCUCUCAAUAACUACCAUGAUAUAUCUAACGAAGAAGAGCUCGACCUUUAUGUUGGAAAAUUACAGGUUUUGAAAGAAGGAGCUAGUAAUAUCGAUGAGGAAUUGCUCCGCUAUGGUCUUGGCCCUGCCUCAGAGCGCAGAAGGCUCGCAUCUCUUCAAGGACGGGCUAGAAUUUUAAUAACACAAUCUUCCGUAGAAUUUUCAGCGGCAGCUUCUUUAAGGGACAGAAUUUCUUCCAUUCGGAACGGUAUGAACAGAAUAGCUAGAAUUCAGAACAAAGCUCUCAAAGUUCUGGACCAAUGGGAACCAACCAUAGAUGGUGGUGAAGAUGUUGUUCGCCAGGCUCUUGUUAAUGUAAAGGAGGUUGUGAAGACCUUGUGUGAUGAACGAAUGGAAAUAUCUUGGUUAAGGGAAACAGUCAGUAGGUUACCUUUUGGGAUCAAACCAAGGCUAGGGUUAGUUAAUAUAGAAAAAGAAAUCAUAGCACUUUCCGAAUCACACGUAUCUCUAAGCAAUAGAGCAGAAGAUCUUCUUGCUUUGAUACUGUCGAGACUCCAUCUAUGGGAUAACUACGGUGUUAAACUGGAAACAGUAAGAACCACUGUACGAGAAGCAGACUACAUGAUGGAACUUCUUAGGAUAGAUGCAGGGCCGAUUGAUUUGCCGAGGAUCGUCAAAGCUAGCACAAGGUUGCAGGGAGUGAAGGAGAGCCUGAUCGAGCGAGAGGGCGGCCUAGAAGAGCUGCGGACGGCGGAGGAGCGGCUGGAGGCGGUGGUGCGAGCGGAGGUCGGGGAGCGGCUGCGGGCGGAGGUGCGGGAGGAGGAGGCGGCCUGGGCGCGAGCUGAGGCGGGGCUGGGCGAGCUGGCCUCCAGCUACCGCAAGGCAGCCGACCUCUGGUCCAGGUACAGGGAGGCGCUCUCCGCCGCCGACCUACCGCCCCUCCUGUCCUCUCUCACUCUAGAGGUCAGUCUUAGCGCUUAG